CGACAGUGACACAUUCCUGACAGCUGACAGCCACGUCUACUCAAAAGCGGUCUUGUUGGCAAAACAUGAAAAUAAUUCAAUUUAAAACUUAAAUACUACAAUUGCUUGGCUCGUUAAGUAAAAAAGGUGAAUUUUAAAUUUACUAAACAAAUACGGCGAAAAUUAUAGGACAGUAAUUAUGCUGACCAAGUUCGAAACCAAGUCAGCUCGAGUAAAGGGCUUGUCCUUCCACCCCAAAAGACCGUGGAUUUUGGCUAGUCUUCACAACGGAUGCAUUCAAUUAUGGGAUUACCGAAUGUGCACCUUGCUGGAGAAGUUCGACGAGCACGACGGUCCAGUUCGAGGCAUUUGCUUCCAUAGUCAACAGCCCCUUUUUGUAUCUGGUGGUGACGACUAUAAAAUCAAGGUAUGGAAUUACAAGCAAAAACGAUGCAUAUUCACACUGUUAGGCCACUUGGACUACAUCAGAACAACACUAUUUCAUCAUGAGUACCCUUGGAUUGUCUCUGCAUCAGACGAUCAAACAAUUAGGAUAUGGAACUGGCAGAGCAGAACGUGCAUUUGUGUUUUAACCGGUCAUAACCAUUAUGUGAUGAGCGCAAUAUUUCAUCCUAGUGAAGAUUUGCUAGUUUCUGCCAGUCUUGAUUCCACUGUUAGAGUUUGGGAUAUAUCCGGUUUGCGAAAAAAGAAUGUUGCUCCUGGGCCAGCCGGCUUGGAAGACCACUUGAAGAAUCCUGGAGCAACUGAUCUGUUUGGAGUGUCUGAUGCUGUAGUAAAACAUGUUUUGGAAGGGCAUGAUAGAGGAGUGAAUUGGGCGACGUUUCAUCACACUUUGCCAUUAAUUGUAUCUGGAGCUGACGACCGUCAAGUAAAACUAUGGAGAAUGAAUGAUUCCAAAGCUUGGGAAGUUGAUACUUGUCGUGGACAUUACAACAAUGUGUCCUGCGUCCUGUUUCAUCCUAAACAAGAACUAAUCCUCUCUAACAGUGAAGAUAAGAGUAUUAGAGUGUGGUGUAUGCAAAAAAGAACAUGUUUGCACACAUUUAGAAGAGAACAUGAAAGAUUCUGGGUUAUGAGUUCCCAUCCCAACCUAAAUCUCUUUGCUGCUGGGCAUGAUGGUGGUAUGAUUAUCUUUAAGCUAGAAAGAGAAAGACCAGCAUAUACCGUCCACGGAAAUCUGUUGUACUAUGUCAAAGAAAGGUAUUUAAGGAGGCUGGAUUUUACCACAGCUAAAGAUGUGCCCGUCAUUCAGAUUAAAGGUGGUGGAAAGGUUCCGGUUUAUGGUAUGUCGUUUAACCCAGCCGAGAAUGCUGUUCUUCUCUUUACCCGCACCUCAAACUUAGAUAAUAGUGUUUAUGAUCUGUAUGUGAUCCCCAAAGAUCCAGAAAGAGAAGAUCACGUGCCCGAAGUUGAAAGUAAGAGAUCCAGUGGACUUACUGCACUAUGGGUGGCAAGAAAUAGAUUUGCUGUGUUGGAUAGAGGCCAUCAAUUGGUGAUAAAGAAUUUGAAAAAUGAGGUGACCAAAAAAGUGCAGACUCCUUCAUGUGAUGAAGUGUUCUAUGCUGGUACAGGCAUGCUAUUGUUGAGGGAUACAGAAAAUGUAACGCUCUUUGACGUUCAACAAAAAAGGACUCUUGCACAAGUAAAAAUCAAUAAAUGUAGAUAUGUUGUUUGGUCGAACGAUAUGGCUUACAUUGCUUUACUGGCCAAACACACGGUAACUGUGUGCAAUAGAAAACUGGAAAUAUUAUGUUCUAUCCAUGAGAAUACCAGGGUCAAAUCUGGAGCCUGGGAUGACUCGGGUGUGUUUAUUUAUACCACCAGCAAUCAUAUUAAAUAUACCUUGACAAAUGGAGAUCACGGCAUUAUUCGUACAUUAGACUUACCAAUUUAUAUAACGAGGGUGAAAGGCAGCCAAGUAUUCUGUUUGGAUCGUGAAUGUAAGCCCAGGAUACUCACGGUCGAUCCUACAGAGUAUAAAUUUAAAUUGGCCCUAAUAAAUCAUAGAUACGAAGAGGUUCUUUACAUGGUUCAAAAAUCGCGAUUGGUCGGCCAGUCGAUCAUUUCGUACCUGCAGCAGAAAGGGUACCCCGAGGUGGCCCUGCACUUCGUCAAAGACGACAAGACCAGGUUCACUCUGGCCCUGGAAUGCGGAAAUAUAGAAAUUGCUCUGGAAGCGGCCAAAUCUUUGAACGAUAAAGCGUGUUGGGACAAGUUAGCCCAAGCUGCCUUGUGGCAGGGUAAUCAUCAAGUGGUGGAAAUGUGUUACCAGAGAACCAAGAGCUUCGAAAAACUGUCGUUCUUGUAUCUGAUAACGGGAAACUUGGACAAGCUGAGAAAAAUGACUAAAAUAGCGGAAAUAAGGAAAGCAAGGUCUUCUCAGUAUCACGGAGCCCUUUUACUUGGCGACUUGGAGGAACGAGUGAAAGUGUUGAAAACCACCAACCAGUUGUCUUUGGCGUAUUUGACGGCGGCCACUCACGGACUGACCGAGGAGGCCCAAGAGUUAAAAGAACAAAUAGGGGACGAGAAGAAGUUGCCCGAUGUCGACAUCAAGGCCAAGUUCCUGAAACCGCCGCCGCCCAUUCAACAGGCCGAAUCCAACUGGCCCCUCCUCACUGUCAGCAGGGUGACAGAUGGCAGAAAAGGCUCAGUAUCGGCCUCUGGCGACGGCGGAGAAACUGGCUGGGACGUGGGAGAUGCCGAUUUGGAGAUUCCAGAUUUGGGACCGACUCAAGAAGCCGACAACGCCGACGCUUACGUUCAUCUACCCGCCCAAGGACCUUCCCCGCGUCUCACCUGGACCAAAAACUCGCAGCUGGCCGCGGACCACGUGGCGGCCGGUUCGUUCGAGUCGGCGGCGCGCCUCCUGCACGACCAGCUGGGCGUGGUCAGUUUCAAGCCGUACGAGCCUUUGUUCGCCGGCCUGUACGCGGGCUCGCGCACCGUGGCCACCCACCUGGCCAACGUACCGCCCCUCUUCACGCACCCGCUGCGCAACUGGAAGGAGGCCGCGGCGAAGAACGGCCUGCCCAAGGUGGGCACGGACCUGAACGCUCUGGUGGCCGAUUUGCAAUUGGGCUACCAGCUGACCACCGGCGGCAAGUUCACCGAGGCCAUCGAGAAGUUCCAGAAUAUUCUGUUGUCGGUUACGUUGCUGGUGGUGGACACCAAGCAGGAGAUUGCCGAGGCGCAGCAGUUGGUCAGGAUAUGCGGGGAGUAUAUUUGCGGACUGCAGAUGGAGACCUUAAGGAAAACGUUGCCUAAAGGUACGGUGGAGGAACAAAAGAGACAAUGCGAAAUGGCGGCGUACUUCACCCACUGCAAACUGCAAGCGGUGCAUCAAAUUCUCACUUUGCGCACCGCGCUCAACAUGUUCUUCAAGCUGAAGAACUGUCGAACGGCCGCCUCCUUCGCCAAGAGGCUGCUGGAUUUGGGACCCAGGCCCGAAGUCGCCCAACAGGCCAGGAAAAUACUUCAAGCUUGCGAUUCUAACCCUACCGAUGAGCUGCAGCUCCACUACGACGAGCACAACCCUUUCACUCUGUGCGGCUAUUCCUACACGCCAAUAUACAGGGGCAAACCGGAAGAAAAGUGUCCCCUUUGUGGCUGUUCGUAUUUGCCGAAAUAUAAAGGAGUUCUGUGCAAUGUAUGCCAUGUUGCAGAGAUUGGAAAAGAUUCUAUAGGGUUGCGCAUCAGUCUGCAUCAAUUCAGAUAAAUUUAGAGCUUCAAAAAGGCUUAAUAAUCUUGUGGAUGAUUUAUAUGAUUCGGUUUUUUUUUGUAUUAGCUUUAGGUUAAGAACAUUAAUGCUACAUAAACUUGUAUGAAAAAUGUAUCAAUAUUAUUAUUGUUAAUAAAAUAUAUGUAAGUAAUAGUAUA